GUUAGGGAAUCUGACUUUCAAUUAAUGGAUAUGACCGGAAACCGGAAAAAUGUUCAUCAACAGUUACAAGAAUGGAAAAGAUCUGAAUUACCAAAACUAAUUAGUAAGGUUGGUUCGAAAAAUCUUAAGAGAAAGAAUCAAUUCUCAACUGGCAACACAGAUAUUACCAAUCUGCCAAAAGUGAAUGAAUAUCAAAAUAUAAGUUACGAUUUGGAUGAUGUCAGUGAAUGUGAAAUUGGGGAGGAGUCUGAUUCAUCUUCCAAUUCCUCCAACAGUAGUCAGAAAACAAAAAAGAAAAAGAGUUGCUCUUCAUCAAGUAUGUCAAUGUCAAGCUCCUCAUCAAGCUCCUCAUCUUCUGUCAGUAGCAUUAAAUCAAAAGUCACACUCUCUAUAACAGAUGACAAAAUAACACAUAAUGACAAAAACAAGUUGUUACUAUCUGACAAUGAUCAGACAAAUUUAGGCCUUGUCCAGUCAGAGAGAAUAGCAGUCAAUGUCGGUGGAACUCUAUUUGAAACUUCAAAAUUCAGUCUUAAAAAGAUCUCUACAAGUCUACUGGCACGUUUUAUCAGUGAAACACUACCUAUAAAUGGCCAAUAUUUUCUGGACAGAGAUCCAUCAACGUUUAAAUAUGUUUUAAAUUACCUUAGGACAGAUUCAUUUGAUAUACGCACUCUCCCAAACGAUACAAGAAUUUUGUACGAACUGUUUCAUGAAGCAAAGUAUUAUCAAUUACCGGAUUUCAUGAAAGCAAUUGCUACUAAAAUCGAGCAAGUGAAUUUUUUUGUUUAAAGAACAUAUCAUGACCAAUAUCAAACUUACAAUAUUUGUCAUACUGUAACACUCAUUUGGGGACCAAACCUUAUUUGGAGGGGGGCAAUGCAACGACCCUAGUUAUUUGUUGUUAAUUUGAUAUUAAAGUUUGUAAUUAAGAUAUAAUUGUAAUUAUCUUAAUACUUUUCAUUUUAGAAAAUAUAAGUAACUUUUCUUGUAAUAAUUAGGUUUAAACCAUGUAUAUACUACCAUGUACUUCAACUCUCUAUUAUCUAUUGCUUAAUCAGUAGAUAACCUGUCCAAGUUAUUAAUAGAUUAGGAAUACUGCCCAUUGGUCAAUUCCAAGUGGGUCUUACAUAAAUAGCUGCAUCACAUGUGCAGUCUCUCUCUCACACUCUACUGACCUUUGGAUUUAAUACAGUUUAUUGACUAGAAAAUAUUUUCUAGUAAUUAAUUAUGGAAGAGGUAAAUGUUAAAGUUGUUUAAACACCAUGAUGGUGAUUUAACAACUUGUGAAAUGUGUUAAGUUUUACAGUUCUUAUUAUUCUAAGUGCAAGUUUGUGUAACUUGAUGGAAUUCAUAUAUUCAUAGUGUUUAAAUUGUUUAUGAUAAAGUGUUAGUAUCUUUGUGCCAGAUGUGCUAAGUUACUGCUUCACCAUGAAGGUGAUGUAGGUACUUAGAAAAGUUUGUGUAUAAGUGAAUCAGGUUGUAAAGUACCUUGAUCACCAUGUUGGUGAAUUAACCACUUAGGAAAUUUACACCAUGUUGGUGAUUUAACAACUUAGAGUUUUUCUGAACAUAAAAAGUUUAAGUUCCUUAAUCACCAUGUUGGUGAUUUAACUACUUAGAAAAUUG